AUGGAUGCCGAUGUCCCUUUUGCUGAUGAUCCUGUUGUCGACCCUGUAGUUCCCUUGGCUGAGAUUCCUGCUGAUGUGCCCAUUGCUGAUCCUGUCAUUCCAGUCGAGGCUCCCAUUGAGGAGGCUCCUUUUGAUCUGUUUGGUGCUCGUUCUUUCAAGUCUGUAGCGUCUGCUUCACUACACGCCCAGGGCGUACAGCUCUAUUCCUCUGAUUCCGACUCGGACAUGGCGAUGUCUGUCGCGCCUCCCGUUUUCCUCGACGUCGACCCAGAGCCAGAGGUCGAGUUUUUGCCUGAUGAGCCUGCUCCUAUUGGUCCGGAGCCGGUCGUUGCUCACGACCCCAUCGAGGCCCCAGCUGUUGCACAUUUGCCAGACCCUUUACCUGAGCCUGGUCAUGUCGAUAUGCCAGACGUAGCACCGCCUAUCAUUGUUGCGCCCAUCGAUUUACCACCGAUUCCUGAUGCCCCUGUUAUUGAUGCACCCAUUGUUGCACCGGUAGUACCUGUUUCAGCCCCUGUGCAUGCUGACCAUGCAUCGUUUGCUUCUUACAUUGAUUCUCGUUAUGCUGACACCCGCAACGGGUGGAUCGAGGACGAUGACGAUUACCCACCGUUUGUGCUACCUGUCACCCCUCCCGUAGCACCUAUUUCUGCACCCACUGAUAUUCCAUUGUUUCACCCACACACCACAGACGCCCAUCGCACUAAUCUUCCCAUCACAUUCCUUCAGGACAUACCGCCACCUCGUCCUGGAGAGGGGUCAUCGAGGCAGCCGCCUGUUUCUAUUCCACCCGUACUGUCAUCAUCUUUUUCGUUCACAUCUCAGUUUCCUUAUAUUGCACCACCUGCUGCACCAUCUUUCAUACCAUCGAGCGAGCCAUUUUUAUGGACUACGCCCCCAAUCAUGCCAUUGUCUGAUCCGUACCACCCGUACCAUGUUGGGUACACUACGGAGGACAUACUUACAUCCUUGAUGAUGCAGUAG